CAUAAAAGCCAUAUUGUUGGGUGAAUGUUGCGCGUAACUAGCAUGUUCGGAUUGGAAAAGUGCUGCUUUUGGAGGGAGGAAUUCAUUGGACGCACCAGCCUUUUGAAAAGGAGGAAGUGACUCAUGUGAAGAGGGGUUCUCCUGGUGGAGUCACUCUAUCCGGGAUCGUUGGUAUUUCAAACAUGACGAUGGCGGACUAAACUGCGUCAGAGAACCGCUGCUCGACAGUGCCAAAUUCCGGAAGCCGAGUUUUUCCUGAACCCUGAAGCGCCGCGGAGAGAUGAGGCCAGUUUUGGUGGCGAUCGCGGGGAUAGUUCUCUUGGCGGCCUCUUGUGUACGCAGUCGGGACGUCAGCCUUGACGAAGAAGAACAAUGUACAGACGAGUGUCGUCAGGAGAAGGACAGGUUAGGACUGGAGGCGCUCCACACCCUCCACAGGAUGCUGGACGACGACCACAACGGUAACGUCGACCUGUCGGAAAGUGAUGAGUUCUUGCGGGAUGAGCUUCACUACCAGGACGGGUCGGAGCGGCAGAGCACAUUCCACCGCAGCGGGGAGGACAAGUUCAUCAGCGUCGACGACCUCUGGACAGCCUGGAAACAUUCAGAAGUGUACAACUGGACAGUGGAACACACUGUGAUGUGGCUGGUGAACUGUGUGGAACUGCCCCAGUAUGCUGCUACGUUUGAGACAAAUGCUGUGGAUGGCUCGGCCCUUCCAAGACUGGCCUUGGACCUGGUUCCAAUGAGAUUGGCCGUCAACAAUCCCCACUUCCUGACGACGAUCCUGGGCAUCACCAACCCGGUGCAUCGGCAGAAGAUCGCGCUCAAAGCCAUGGACGUCGUCCUCUUUGGACCAGCAAAACAAGGCCACAGUUACAUCAAGGACACGGCUCUGGUACUGUCCUUGGUGAUUGCAAUAGGGGGCUGCUGGUUUGCCUUCGUGCAGCACCGUUUCUCCCAGGGGCACAUCAAGAAGAUGAUGAGGGAGAUGGAGAGUCUGCAGAAGGCUGAGGAGACCCUGGGAGAGAUGCAGGCGAGGUUACAACAGGCAGAGGAGGAACAACAGACUGUAGUGGAAGAGAAAAUGAACCUGGAGGCCAAAAUGAGGGAAGAAAUGACCAAUGCCAAACAAGAAGCCGAGAGACUCAAGAUGGUGCGAGAGAACACAGAGACAGAAAUCAACAGGCUCAGAAUAGCAGAGGAAGAGCUUUAUCAAGUACGACAGGCCUUGCGUAAGGCGGAGAAGGAGCUGGAGAGGAGGAGCUGGCAUCCCCCCACCUCGCUCCAACAGUGGCUACAGCUCACCUACGAGCUCGAGCUGAAAAACUACAGCACCAAGAAACAGGCAGCCGAGGCACAGUUCACAGCCGCUCGGGAGUCGUGUGAGAAGAUCAGGAAAAAGAGAAUCACUGUCAUGGGUGCCCUGAAGAUUGCACACACCAGCUCACUUGAUGAGGUGGACAAGAGAAUAGCAACAGCCAGGUCAGCCCUGCAGGAAGUGACCUCUGACCUGAAGGAGAGGUUGGUAAGAUGGAGGAAGAUCGAGAAGUUGUGCGGCUUCAACAUCAUCACCAACCCUGGGCUGACGGCGCUGUCACAGGUCCUCACAGAGGGAAAGGUGGAUGCCGCCAUGGGAGAAAUCAUAAUGAACAAGUUCCUGGCAGAUCUCAGUAUUGCAGAUCUCAGUAUUGCAGGGUCUGUUCCUGGCAGCCCAGGUUUUGCAGGCAGUGUUGUGGGAGUGGAGGACGACUCUCUAGAUGAGGACCAGCCUCCAACAUAUUCAACAGGGUCUUCAGGUGCCAUGAGUUCAUCCCAUAGUACUGCGUCCCUGUCCACCCUGGGAGAGGCCAUGCUGCGCUCAGGCGGGAGCACGGACCCCUCGUCACCUACCUUCUCAAUAGGCGAGAGUCAGCUGAUGGCAUCGCAAAUGUACGGCAGUAGUGAGACAGUAGUCCGCAGAACUUUGGAUAGAGCGCAGAGCGAGCAGGCCUCCCCACAAAGGCCCCCCAUGGUCAAACAAGUCACCAGCCAGAGUCUCCCCGGAACUCUUGUGUCCCAGAGUUCCAUCCAGUCCGUUCAAGAUGACCUGGUGCGAUCGCGUACAAACGGAAUGGACUCGAACCUUUCCAAUUAUGAACCAAACUUCACUGACAGCUCCUCUGCUGAGACGCUUGAGGAGGAAAAGGAAGACGGUGCAAUAUCACAAGGAAACCUCUCUGACGGCGCAUCCAAGAUGAACCCCCAGCGGCCAGCUACGUUACAGCCUCUGCUGUCAACCACGUCUCAUUCUUCACUGGACUCCCCAAAGGGAGACACAAAAAAGGGGAAGAAGACGUGGUUCAGGAAAGCCGACAAGGGGUCGAGUUCGGGGCACGUCAGUCCCACGUUUGAGGACAGCACAGACGAACUUAUAGAGAAGGGAGCCACAGAGGAUAAGAAGAAAAAGAGGGGGAAGAUCUCAGCUUUCAUCUCAAAAGCCAAGACAGCAUGAGAAAGAGAAUUACAAAUACAUGACAAAUGGAGAUAAUUCUCCAGAUGAUUUGUUGAAACUAUGUUGCCAACUUUUGGCACUGAAACACUCAAGUUGUCAAGAGUCCUCUGUGUACCUUCUUCUUGAGAAAUGAGGCUAUUCUAAAAGUAGAAAACAGCUUGCCUUUUGUUAUUGUCACCAGUCCUUCCUUACAAAAGAUCGUUGUUUUACGUCAUUGCUUUCUAGAAUCUAUAUCUAGUAAUCACUGAAAAUAACGAAUGAGAUUCACUCUUAGAUUUUAUUCUGUAGUUUACUCUAGAAAGACCAUCACCAAACUGGGGAAGUUUUCUUGACUGAAGAUUUUGACACUUAUUUUGAUGUCUCAAGUAACAAAUACAUGUAUGUAGCAUAGCACAACUUGUCAAUGUACAUGUCUCUGUAAUUGAUAUAAAUAUUCAUCAUUCAUGAAGAGUUUUGUUGGAUAUUUAGUACUUAAGGUGGGUUACAUUUGCCACAUGAUUUUCAUGUAGGAUUGAUGAGGAUAUGUGACAUGGUAGCUGAAUUUUGUAUGCCAUGUCUGCUACUAUGUCAAGAGGCUAUUAUAAAUCUGUCUUUGUAAUUGUGACCGAGCCCUUACUUGUGGAGGGUGAGGGACCACGUCUUUCAUAACACAAAACUUUGUACAACAUGUCUGUCAAGGAUGUCUUGUCUAGGUGGAUUUAUACUUGAGGCCAAUGCUGCAUGUAAUUCUAAUGCCUUUACUGUCCACUGUGUGCAAUGUGUGUGUUGUCUUGACACUGGUGUCAGUCUGUAAUUGUGAAGCACCUUGCCAUGUUGAGUUUGAUACAGUAGAAGAAUUUCAUGUUUUUAAACCGAGUUUGAAAAUAACUGUUGUCCCAAAUUUGCUGAUGAGGAGACAAGGAACCUGCCAGUGCCUUGUCUUUCCAUGUGUUGGAUGGAGAUAUUUGUAAGUGAAUGGAUGAAGUGUGAGCCAAAGCUAGACUUAGACAAAGUUGUACUGUCAAGAAAAAGAAUGAAACUGACUUUUGUAUUCUUUGCAUAAAAAAUCAAAACACAGCCCUCAUAUGACUAAAGACCUUUACGAAGGUAACUCUAAAAGUAAGGGGUCCUUUUGAAACACUGAAAAUUUUAUAAGAACCUGUUUUAGACUUCUAGUAGAAAAGCCAGCUUAAAACAGCCUAUGCCAUGCAGGGGGAGGGGGUGGCCAUGAGAUCUCCAUGAAAGUAUCAACAAAUGCUUAUAGUGGCUGCUUGAAUGUGUGUGAAAUGUUGUCCCCUUUAAUUGUUGAUGCCUGAUACUGUGCUUUUAUUGAGUUUAUUUUCAUUAUGUUUUAGUUUCUGUGUCCAGUUGUUUGUUUGUGGUGUUUUGUAGAAGUGUUUAUAUGUCCUCACCUUACUAUUGAACCCAUUUAAAAGCUAUUUUGGGUGAUUUGUAUUGUGUAAUUGGAGAUUUUUUUCUUUGCAUGAGUCUCGCCUUGGUAUGAAGACCCUUGCCUGAAACUGCUUUGUGACAAAGUCCUUAUUUUAGAUUUCUAAAAUAAUUUCAUAAAACUGUAACACUUCGUUGCCAAAAGUAUGCCAUUGUUGUGUAGAGUGUGGAAAAAAGGGUCUUUAAAGCACCAGGUCAAUUUGGUGUUUUGUGAUUUUGGAAAAAAAAGUCACCUUCAUGCAAAGCAUGAAAACACAAACUUAAACAGAAUUGCAUACAUGUAUUUGGCAUACAAAUGCAAAUGACAGUGCUCUCUGCAUAAAGUAACAUAUAUGUCAUCAUCAUAUAUGUUUGGAACAAAGUAAUACAGAAAAGUUGUCCUUUUCAACAUUUAGCAAGUUCAAUAUAUGCGGACCUGCAAUAUACUCUCUGCUGCAAACUAUUCCAAAACACAAGAAAAUCUAGUAUUGUGUUGUAAACAUGGCAAGGUUGUUAGAAAAAAAAGCAGCCACAUUUCAUAUAAUGUAACAAGUGUUGCAAUAUGUCCACUUAUAAACCCACAAAGCUUGCUAUAUAAUGUCUUAUAUC